GAUGGCGAGCUUGACAAGCUCAACUCCUUGCCUUCGAAAUGCCUUGGAAGGGUUGGUUACGGCACUCUCGCUCCCGAUGAUUUGAGGUCAACUCUUAAUAGUUGCGGAAAUACCAUCAGUGGUCUUAAGACGGGAAGUGUACUUCAACAGCUGUCGGAUUUACUGAACAGAAAUCUGAAACUAGAUGCGUCAUCAGAGUUUAAAGUCAACUCUCCCACAAUUCCUAUUAAUGAUUUAAGAGGAGAUGAGGCAUCUUCAUAUCCUCGAGAGGAGAGGUUGCUGAGGUGCAAACUGGCCGCAUUAUUCCGCUUAAUCGACAUACAUGGAUGGACUCAUACGAUAUAUAAUCAUAUUUCGGCGCGUUCAACCACUGGCGUGAGCCACUUUCUCAUUAACCCAUUUGGUCUCCUGUAUCAUGAAAUUCAAGCCUCAAGCCUCGUCAAAAUUGAUGAAACAGGUACACUUGGAAUCUUAUUUAAUUUUUAG